CGGCUACCUAGGUAUGGUCCAGCUACUACAUAGCAGGCCGGGACAUGGCUGUUCGAACAUCUGAUCUAGGACAACAGUCUGGCUCUACAUCUGAGGCUGCUUCCGGCUGAGGGUGUCCUCCUUCUGCUGCUGCUGCUCCCACGUCGGGUAGUCGGUGUACCCCACGUGAGGGUCCGCUGGGAAGGGCCCAUAGAAGCGUGAGCGGUCGUACUGCGUCAGCGGCAGGCCCUUCCUCAACCUCUCAACCAGGUCUGGGUUGCUGAUGAAGUAGCGGCCGAACAGCAGGCCGUCGUACUUGCCGCUCUCGACCUCACCCCACGCAUUCUGGUCGUUCCAGCCGCCGCCCGACAGGAAGGGCGUGUCGCCAAAGAUGCGGCGGAACUCGCUCAGGUCCACCUCGGGCAGGCCCCAGCUGUCGAGGAAGCCCUGCUUCUGCUCCUCGCUGAAGAUCUGCUCGUACCGCGGCUCGAUGAAGCUGACGUAGCUGAGCGUCGGCAGGCUCUUCUUGAGCUCGCGGCAGAGGUGGCCCCACGUCUCGACGCGCUGCUCGCCGCGCGUCUGGUUGAAGAGGCCGAAGGGGCUCAGGCGGAUCGCGAGGUUGUCCUGCCCCACCCCCACCGUCUUGGCGAGCUCAUCCAUCAGCUCGAGCGUGAACCGGCACCGCUUCUCGGGGCUGCCCCCGUAGUCGUCGGUGCGCUUGUUGAUGUUGGACGAGAGGAACUGCUCGGGGAGAUACCCGUUUCCGGCGUGCACCUCGACGCCGUCGAAGCCUGCGUCCAUGGCAGCCUUGGCCGCCUUGCAGUAGUCACCGAUCGUCUGCUUUAUCUUCUCCACCGUCAUCUCCACGGGCGGGUGGUCGCGCAGCUUCACCGGUGUCGAGGUGUGCGGCGCUGGGUACGGGAACGUCUCCUCCGGGUCGUCCCACGGGGUGGCCGACGCCGACAGUGUCGGCGUCCCUGUCAGGUGCGGGAUGUUGGCCCGCCCCGAGUGCCAAAGCUGCGCGUAGAUGAUGCCGCCCUUGGCGUGCACCGCGCUCGUCACCUUCUUCCACGCCUCGGCCUGGUCUGCCCGGAAGAGACCCGGCACGCCAGGCAUGGCAUUGCCCUGGGGGGAGCAUGUCAGUCCUGGGCCUGCUUGGUUUCCUCCUCUAUUCCGAGUGGUCAUACGACCAGUGAUCAGCAACGACUCACCUCCAAGUUGGGCGGGAUUGCCUCGGAUAUUAUGAGACCUCCAUCAGUCGAGCGCUGAGAGUAGUACUCGGCCAUCAGAUCGUUGGGAAUCCAUUCUCUAUUGGGGUCCUCAGGAGUGGACUCCUUGACUGGCGUGCCACGGUUCCUCGUCAGAGGCGCCAGCACCACCCGAUGCUUCAGCUGGAUCUUGCCGUUGGCGAUGGCAAGGGGCUGGAACAGCUUGGACCCAGCCCUGCUGAUGGCAGCGUCACCCAUGUUGUGUGCCUGCGUGCGUGAUUCGCUUAUGGGAAGGUAGGUUACUUGGGGCGAUGAAGAACGGUUGCUGCUGUUUAGAGAAAUUGCGGACGAGAAGUUUGGAUGGGCAGGUGAGGUAUCAGACAGGUUCUAAACUACAACGAGCCCGAAGGAGGACGAAUAUGUCGCUCUGAGUAUAAGAGCACGUUCAAUUCGGAGAAAGGGUCCAUUUUCGGCUGGACCAUGUAACAUUAUCUCCUGCAUAUUCGAUUCGAAGGUGGGCCAAGAUCAUCUUGGGUGGGGAAAUGAUUAUCUUGGACGGAGGCCCACAGCGAACCACACUGAUGCCGGUACUUGGGCCUGGGCGCAAGCUCACGCCCAUGCUCCAGAACCAUAAGGAGAAACCCCUCCAUCGCCCGCUCCAAGGGAAACAAGAGCUAGCUAGUGUGUAAGAAGGUGAGGCCCGGACUGAUUCAGGACAGUUUCCAGAAACCAAAGGCUUUAAUAACCCUUCGGCCACAGCACCACCAAUUCUGCUCGCCCGCCGAGGGCGCAUUGAAGGUUGAGCCGGACGGGUGGGCUUGAGUCUCUACGACCAGGGUACGUCCCGGGGCCACCCAUCCGGCCUCCACCGCAACCAAGUGCUCCGGUUUGAUAUUGUUUCCUCCGGGUCCACGGAGAGCGCCUGGUCUACCCCGGGACUGCCACCCGCGAGCGUUGCCUAUGGUAGCCAAGCGGGAAUCCUUCCCCUGAACAUCCUCGCACAUCGAAAUGAUACAGCCGUCAAAUAAGAUCAGGUCAUGCAGGAGCCAGGACACCCACAAGCACGGGCUUUGAUGCAACGCAACGCAACGCAACGCAACGCAACGCAACGCAACGCAAGAAAAAGAGUUUUUUUUUUGGCCCUAGGACGUACGCCGCCCCAUACAAGAUGCGGAGCUUUGACAGCGAGGCCCCAUCCACACCUCUAGACCAACCCAUCAUACCCGUCCUCGAUGAUCAUCUUCUCUGUUGUUUGUUGACCAUCGGACGUCCUGACUGCGCUGCUUGCGGCCGUACUAGCCAGCCACACCUCGACCCCCGUCUGCCCGUCGAGAAUCGAUGUCGUCGUCAAAACUUGUGGGCGCCGCCCCGGCCCCCACGGGUAUCACGCCGAACUUUGACGAGCCCGUGGAUGUCAUCCGUACGGUCAAUUAUGUCACCCAGGCCCUAAGCAUACUGUUUGUGACGGUGUUUGUUGGACUCAAGCACUAUGCAAAGUCUAGUGUCCUCCGAGGGACGUGGAAUCUUGAAGAUUAUAUCACAUAUUUCUCAUAUAUCCUUUUUCUCGGGUACUGUAUCGACAGUAUAUUUUCUUCAGUAUACGGCGGCGGCAUUAAUCAAUGGGAGGUGACAACGAUCCAGCUUCCCUACUUUUUGAAGACCGGAUAUGCCGCCACAAUUUUCUACGCGCCAAUGGCCCUGAGCGUAAAGAUGGCCUUACUCCUGAUUAUUGCGAGGGUCUUCGGGUCGGUUCAUAAGAAAACAAUCAUGGGUAUCUACAUAUUCAUGGGUCUGCUUGGGGGCUAUUAUCUUUCUGCUCUGGUGGUUAAGAUCCGGAUUUGCUGGCCGAUCCCGGCCUACUGGGAAGGAGACAUGAGCAGGUGUCUGGACCAGAAGGCCAUUAUUAUCGCCGACGCAAUAGUCAGCGCCGUCAGCGAUUUUGUCAUCCUGCUGCUGCCCACGCCGCUCACGUGGUCGCUGCAGCUGCCGCUCAGGAAGAAGUUGCGCGUGGCGGGCAUCCUUUGCGCCGGCGGCAUCGCGACAGCUUUCUCUAUCUACCGGCUCGGGAUGAUUAUUGCAGAAGGCAGCUCGAUUAAUCAGACCGUCGUCUUUGUCAAGGUUAUCCUCUCCGGCAACGCAGAAGUUGGGCUCGGGAUAAUCUGCGCCUGUCUCCCAGCGGUGACAGCGCUCUACACGCGGCGCAAAGGCGGCAGUGGGUACAAUUCAGGCGGGUAUCACUCGGGAGCAUACGGCAACCGAUCUAAGGGCUUCCCAGAGCCGUCGGGGGCGGGAAUGUCCAAGAACAAGAUCUACGUCAACCAUUCCAUUCACAUAGGCACGGUGCCACGGGGCGAGGACGAGGAGCAGAGGGUUUCAGCGGACCAGUGGUCCAGGAGUCAGGACCAAAUCGAGCUGGUUACCAAUGCCCAAGGGGUCUCCGAGUCGAAGCCUCAGUGGAACUGAGUCAAUGUGACGUAACGGGAUGGCUCGACGGCACAUGAAAGUAACGUUCGACGGCACAUGAAAGUAACGUGGGAUAGUUUGGGAUUCAGGGCAGGGCCCCAGCUGGGAUAUAGGAAUUUUGGACGUUUAGGACGGAUGCCAAAGCAACGAUGGCUCAGGUAGCCGGUUCAAAAAUGAGAUACUACAGUAAUGUCUUGAAUCACAACACUCGG